AUGCCACAAGUUCAUGGAAUGCUUCUACGCAUUUCUGCGACUGGGAAGGUGUCAUAUGGUAGCAAACACAAGAGAGUCACCAUGUUUUACCUUCAUUCUAAAGGCUUGGUGGGUAAUUUAUCUCCUUAUAUAGGAAACAUGAGUUUUCUUAGGCAGAUUCAGCUGCAGAAAAACACCAUACAAGGUGAAAUCCCUUCAGAAUUAGGCCGUUUGUUCAGACUUCAGAUUCUAGAUCUUCGCAACAACUCAUUUGAAGAUAAAAUCCCAUCCAAUUUGUCCAAAUGCUUGAACAUGAUUGACCUUGGAUUAGCUUAUAAUGGGCUGGCUGGAAACCUUCCUGCAGAACUUGUUGCUUUGUCGAGGCUUAAAAUGAUUUUAGUUCAUAAUAAUUAUUUGAGUGGUGGCAUAGCACCAUUUUUGGGAAAUUUUAGUUUACUUGAUGUGAUCUCUGCCGGUGGAAAUAUUCCAUAUUCUUUGGGUCAACUCAAGUACUUGUCAGCUAUUGUUUCUCAAUCCAUUUACAAUCUUUCCUCCAUCACUACGUAUGUCAUCUAUGGAAGUCUUCCAUCAAAUAUUGGCCUUCUUCUCCCUCAGCUUCAGAUGUUACAAAUGUCAAGCAAUAAUUUUAGUGGAUCCAUUCCCGUGUCGUUAUCCAAUGCCUCCAAACUCCAACAAAUUUAUUUAGAUGAUAAUAUAUUCAAUGGAAAAGUAAACAUUGAUUUUGAAGUCCUACAGCAUUUUGUUUGGUUAUCUCUGUGGGCCAAUAAUCUCGGAAACAAAGGAGAUAGUCUCUUGAACUUUAUCCCUUCUUUAUUGAAUUAUAGCAAUUUGAAAAUGGUGGAUAUAUCUUACAAUCAAUUUAAGGGUGUAUUAUCAGAUUUUGUGGGUAAUCUAUCUUCAUCCAUCGAACAGCUAAGCAUGCAGUUUAAUCAAAUUAGUGGAAGCCUCCCUCUAUGGUUAUUAGUGCUUGUUAACUUACAGCAUUUGAAUAUAGCACAUAACCUAUCCAUUGAACAGCUAAGCAUGCAGUUUAAUCAAAUUAGUGGAAGCCUCCCUCUAUGGUUAUUAGUGCUUGUUAACUUACAGCAUUUGAAUAUAGCACAUAACCUAAUUACAAGUACCAUUCCCAUUGAAUCUGGUAAGCUUACAAGACUACAACGGCUUAGACUUGAAAAUUGUAUGGACCAAUUCCUUCAUCUUUAG